AUGGGUCCAGUGGAUGGCAGCAUACGCCGUGGCCAGCUCGUUCUGACGGCGGCGCAAGUCUUCGGGUCGAGCGACAAUGAAGAAUACGGUUUGCCAGACAUCAAAAGGCCUCAUAUGGAGGGUAGAAACGCGUCCCUACCAGCGCCAUACUUGGCAAAUACCAGCAUUGUGAAUUCUGCCCUACCGAUCAGCUCUUUGACUAGCUCUCAAGUCCCAUGGUCAUCUUCGCCGUCCUGGCACAAUUACUCGGCUUUCCAGUUGAAUCGGGGCUACCAUACGUCUGCUCAACCUGGGCCUGAGGUUAAGCUUGAGAAGAGCAUCUAUUUUAUGAAUGGCGGGAACAUCGCACACGACGAUAUAGCACCCCAGGAGCCCUUGGCUGAGGAAAAAAUUCAAUUCGAUAUCACAGACACUCUGAGCUCACAGAUUCGGGCUCAGCAGCGUGAUAAGGAAGCCGAACUGGGCGAGAUAGUUGAGGAUAACGAUGAGGCGCUCCCUGAAGUCUUAUCAAACGUUUCUCCUCGUGAAAUCUUUCUCUCAGAGGAACAAAAGUACGUGCUCGACCUGGUUGUGCGGCAGCGUCAGAGCAUCUUUUUCACUGGUGCUGCAGGCACGGGAAAGUCCGUUUUGUUGCGUCGAAUCAUCUCUGACCUACGCCGAAAAGCUCGCGACCCAUCGAAGGUCGCGGUCACAGCAUCUACCGGCAUUGCAGCUUUUAAUAUUGGGGGAUCAACUCUGCAUAGGUUCGCUGGUAUUGGUCUAGGAAAAGAUGAUCCAGAGGCUCUGCUUAAAAAGGUCAGGUAUAAUCGUCAAGCAAAGAUGCGUUGGAAGUCUAUCAAUACGCUAAUUAUUGACGAGAUCUCGAUGAUUCAGGCCGAUCUUUUGGACAAACUAGACUUUAUUGCUCGUAAAAUACGUCAAGUCCCCGACAAGCCAUUUGGGGGUAUUCAAAUGGUAUUCACAGGCGACUUUUUCCAACUGCCGCCGGUUAUUCAGGGCGGCGACGAAAAUACCAAAACCUUUGCAUUUGACGCUGAAUGCUGGAAACCAUGUGUCCAGCGUACUAUUGUUCUGAAGCAGGUCUUCAGACAAAAAGAUACCCGCUUCUCAUCAAUGCUUGACGAAAUGCGUCGUGGCGUGUUAUCUCCAGAGACAAUUGCAACCUUCAAGUCUUUAGACAGACCUCCAAGGGUUCCACCUGGUGUGAUGCCAACCCAACUGUUCCCCAGAAGAUUUGAAGUUGAACGCGCUAAUGAAAAUGCCCUCAAAUCCCUUGGUGGAGUGUGCCGAGUAUACGACUGUGUCGACGAGUACAACGAGGACUUCCCUUUCAAAGUCAAGCUUGAUGAUUUACUGGUUCCUCCUCAAAUAAAGCUCAAGGUCGGAGCCCAGGUCAUGAUGCUAAAAAACGUGGACUCGAAGCUUGUCAAUGGCUCAGUUGGCAAAGUUCUGGGGUUCAUGAACGAAUCAACCUAUGCAAUGUAUCAAGAGACUGAGCUGGAAGGUCUCGAUGAAGAAGACUCUAUUGACAUGUUUGAUGCUUCAGUAAUGGGGGCUGAUCACAAUGGCAACAACUCAGACACGGUGCUCAAACGCAAGCGCGCCAAAGCGCAUUAUUUAAACCAAAUGUCCAACACAGGUGAAGGAAGAACGCUGCCGCUAGUCGAGUUUAGAAAUCUUGACGGCACAUCGCGUACCGUUCUGGUCACCCCUGAGGUUUGGACAGUCGAAGAUGCUGAGGGCCACUGGAUGGCCCGUCGAACUCAGGUCCCUCUUAUUCUAGCAUGGGCUUUAUCGAUCCACAAAAGCCAGGGCCAGACGUUGGAGUAUGCCCAAGUUGACUUGGGUAAUAUCUUUGAGCGUGGUCAGGCCUACGUUGCGCUGUCCCGUGUAACCAGUUUGGAUGGCCUGCAAGUCAAAAGGUUCAACCCGCAUAAAGUAACGGUUCAUGAGAGAGUGCUUGAGUUUUAUGAUAGCCUUGAAGAAGUACAAAUCGGUGGUCGGCAAAUGACCAUGUUUGAAGCAUUCAGACCUCGGCCAGAUCCAGAAGUCGACCACAUGCAAGAGAUCGCCAAAGACUCAGACGAAGCUAUAGAAUCUCUUCGGGCUUAUAUGAAUCGUCCAGAAAUACCACUGACUGAACUUGGAGACUCGAUAUCAGACGACUCGGACUUUGAUGUCGACAAACUCCAUGCAACAGCCGGCAAAUCUAAACAAACCUCAGUUAGAGAUAAUUCGCUGCUAUAA